GGCUUACGCAGCGGCUGGGGGCCGCACUGAGUGGACAGGCAGUCUCUAUUCGCGGCGCGCGCCUCAGCCGGGUGACUGGCAGCAUGGCGGGCUCGGGCCCCAAGCGGCGCGCGGCGGCGGCCCCCACGACUGCUGGCGGGGAAGAUCGGCAGGCGCGGGAGCAGAUGCUGGAGGAGCCGGGCGCGGAGGGCGAAGGCGUGACCCUCCAGCGCAACAUAACCCUGAUGAACGGUGUGGCCAUCAUCGUGGGCACCAUCAUCGGCUCUGGCAUCUUCGUGACGCCCACGGGCGUGCUCAAGGAGGCAGGCUCGCCCGGGCUGGCGCUGGUGGUCUGGGCCGUGUGCGGCGUUUUCUCCAUCGUGGGCGCGCUGUGCUACGCCGAGCUGGGGACCACCAUCACCAAGUCCGGGGGCGAUUAUGCCUACAUGCUGGAGGUCUACGGCUCGCUGCCCGCCUUCCUCAAGCUCUGGAUCGAGCUGCUCAUCAUCCGACCCUCCUCGCAGUACAUCGUGGCCCUCGUCUUCGCCACCUACCUCCUCAAGCCGAUCUUCCCCACCUGCCCGGUGCCCGAUGAGGCUGCCAAGCUCGUGGCCUGCCUAUGCGUCCUGCUGCUCACAGCGGUAAACUGCUAUAGUGUGAAGGCUGCUACACGUGUUCAGGAUGCUUUUGCUGCUGCCAAACUCCUGGCACUGGCCCUGAUCAUUCUGCUUGGCUUCAUCCAGAUUGGGAAAGGUGAUGUUUCCAAUCUGGAUCCCCAGUUCUCCUUUGAAGGCACCAACCUGGAUGUGGGGAACAUUGUGCUGGCGUUGUACAGCGGCCUUUUUGCUUACGGGGGAUGGAACUACCUGAAUUUUGUCACAGAGGAGAUGAUCAACCCCUACCGAAACCUGCCCCUGGCCAUCAUCAUCUCCCUCCCCAUUGUCACUCUGGUGUAUGUGCUCACAAACUUGGCCUACUUCACCACGCUCUCCACUGAGCAGAUGCUGACUUCAGAGGCUGUGGCCGUGGACUUCGGCAACUACCACCUGGGCGUCAUGUCCUGGAUCAUUCCUGUCUUUGUGGGCCUGUCCUGCUUUGGCUCCGUCAAUGGGUCCCUCUUCACAUCCUCCAGACUGUUCUUCGUGGGAUCCAGGGAGGGCCACUUGCCCUCUAUCCUUUCCAUGAUUCAUCCGCAGCUUCUGACUCCUAUGCCCUCCCUUGUGUUCACGUGCGCCAUGACUCUGCUGUACGCCUUCUCCACUGACAUCUUCUCCGUCAUCAACUUCUUCAGUUUCUUCAACUGGCUGUGCGUAGCCCUGGCCAUCAUCGGCAUGCUCUGGCUCCGCUACAAGAAGCCCGAGAUGGAGCGACCCAUCAAGGUGAACCUGGCCCUCCCAGUCUUCUUCAUCCUGGCCUGCCUCUUCCUAAUUGCUGUGUCCUUCUGGAAGACCCCUGUGGAGUGCGGCAUAGGCUUUGCCAUAAUCCUCAGUGGGCUACCUGUCUACUUCAUUGGAGUCUGGUGGAAGAAUAAGCCCAAGUGGCUUCUCCAGGGUAUCUUUUCUACAACUGUCCUGUGCCAGAAGCUCAUGCAGGUGGUCCCUCAGGAAACAUAAUUCAGCUGAGGCAGGAAGCUGCCCAAAAGUAAACACACAAAGAUGAUUCCAAACAACAAUUCAUCCCUGAAAAGCCAUUCAGCCCAUCAUCCAGGCAGCUCCACUGAGCCCAGGCCGGUAGGGCCACCAUGAACGCCGGUACGACUUUCUUCCCAACGCUGAGCCCUCCAUUUCCAAGGUGUACAGUGUGCCAGUGUUGGUCUAACAGGCCAGCAUUGUGCCCACCACGGAUCUACUUUGUGGGCCCUCACUGCCCUCUCCACCUCUGUUUAUGUUAUUAUUUUUUUUAACUUAAAUUUGGGUCACCAGGAUGACCUUUUUUUUUUUUUUUUUUUUUAAGAUGUAACGGUCAGGGAAAUGGGAGUCUUUUCCUCUAGAUCCUGCCUACAGCUUGAUGUGCCUGAGAAGGACUGUAGAUUCUAGGAGUCUCCCAGGAUUUGGGGCAGGAGGGUCCUGGGAGCCUACACUCCAACCCCAAAUGAGCCACUGAGCCCCAGGUAACACAGGAGACGGAGCCUAAUGUUGGACUCCACCCACUACUGGACCUCAGCUAGACACGCACGCACCUGACUUUGUCUUCUGUUGUAGGGGUAGUGACAUGAGAAUGGAUCCUGUGUUAUGUGUCUCUUUGCCUUAAAGACCUUUGAUAGCUCCCUCCUACCACCCGAGACCAGGGGCUGCCUUUGGAGGAGGCCUGUAGGAAGAACAUAGACUUGACUCUGAUGCUAGCCCAACAGAAAGCUGCUCCCCACACCCACUGCCUGCGUUGGUGGUGUGGGGAGCAGAGGGCACUAGAGGGUGGGUAUGGCAGCUGGUCUCAAACAUCUUUACCCCACAGACUGUGCCAGGAUAUAAAGAACAGGGCUGCGUUAUGGGACAAGUUCCCAGGGACACCAGACCCCGGAAUGGCAACUGACCGUACCAUCUUACCCAGACACAAAGGCACAAACACUGGGGGAUGCAGUGUUUCCUACAGGUGGGUGAGCAAUAUGCCAGCCCCAGGGGAAACAUUGGUACCCACCCAGAUGCUGAGACAGACACACACACACACACACAGAGUCUGAUGGGCCCCCAAAACCUAACAGGUACAGGGGAAGAGUGGAGGGUGGUGGGCGGAGGGUCUGGGCAUUGAGGCUGUAAAGGCAUCAACCAGACAUCCCUACUGCUUUGUACUGUAGGGACAGGGUUGGUCUGGGGACCCAAACCAUUACAGAAGUUUCCUCCUGAGAACUCAUCCUGGGGCUCCUUGUUGGAAUUGCAGUCACCUCUAUAGAGCGUACUGGAGUCUCUUAUUUCCAUUCUCACACAGAGACUGAGCUGGACAGUCUGAGAGAUGAAAAGUGUUUUGUGGAAUGUGUCUCUUCCACAUCUGGGCUGUCAAAUCACUGUGGAAAGUGGGCUGUAUAUAUGUGGGAUUCUUGCAAUCAUGUUGCCUCUUCGGAAGACAGACAUAUACACACCCCCAGUCAUACCUGCUGAGCCAGCAUGCCUGCUGGCCUCAUUUCUCCUAAGCCCCAUGCCCCAACUCUGCCAGAGACCCCACUCCCUGAUCACUCACUCUACUGAAAAGUGUCUGAGCGUCCACAGUUGUGGUUUUUUAUUUCAUGUAACCAGACCUGACACAACCAACUUUUGUUCAGUCAUGCUGCUCUUUAUUCAAUCCUAAUGUCUCACUAAUUUAAAGAUACUGUCAGUGAUGUGUUUGUGUGCUUCCGGCUGGCUGGAACCCCAUUGUUGCAAUGACUUGCUUGUGUGGCUUCAAGGUGUGUAUUUUGCUAAUGGCUAAACUGUUACACUUGGCUGGUUCAGAGUGGGGAGUGUUUUUGUUUUUGUUUUUGGUGUGUGUGUGGGUAUCUUUGUUUUUAAAGAAAGCAAUUGAAAUUAUAA